AUGGAAAGAUAUUGUUUAGUUCCAGAACAUUAAAACUAACCCAUUAUGGCUUAUUGUAUUUCAGAACAUUGUCGAAAAUAAAAUAGAGCAGUUUGUUUUAAGUGUAUGACUGAUUUGACACAUCAAUAACAUACUAUUAUCUAAACAAAUUAAGAAGAAAAUUUCCUAUAAUAGGCCAAUAUAAAUUAUAGGGACAUUUCAGAUAAAUUAAAUGCCCUAAAACAGUAGUUUUCAACUGGGAUUACUUACUUAGAAAUGCUUUUGGAGAAAUAUUACAGACCUAUGCCUUUAAGUAAUUUUGGAAAUAAGGAAAUCACCAAUAAAAUAGAUUGCCUGUUAAAACUUGAAAAGGUUUAAAAACUUAUAAACGACAGAAUAGACAACAUUUUUGAGCACACCUUGAAAUCAAUAAGAAUUACCUGCCAUGAUUUGACCUAGGGUUAAGAGUUUUAAGGCUAUGAACUCUUGUCAAAGCAAAACUAUUAGGAAGCAUUGAAAUUGGUAGAUUAAAAUUAGAAGGUCGACCCCAAAAGUGCGCUUUUGAGGUUGGCUAAAGCUGAGAUUUACUAAAAUAGUAAUAGAGUGUAAGAGGCGAGAUUAAUUUAUUAGGAGAUACUACAAACAGAAUAAUUUAACCCUUGGGCUUCGAUUGAAUUAAACAAACUACUUGGUUAGCAAGAGAGAAGAUGA